AUGCAGAAAGAAACGAACACCCCUGGAUGCUUCACUGGUCUUCUUCAGAGUCUGCGUCCGCGAGCAGCUCGCCAGAACUCCCAGACGGCUACUGUGCCUCCCGCAGCACCGGCGACACACUCACAUUCUCACAAGGACAAGGAACUUCCUCCAGCCUACGACCAAGUUGCGGACACCUGCUGUGACUGGAGCCGCGAUGUCAAAAUUAGCAGCUAUCCACCCGCCGACGGCUCUGGAAUAGCGGACUGGUUACGGCUGAGCUACAACCCCGAUGUGCUAGCGACAAUCGAGUCCGAACUGGACAAGCUCGAACCUGCUUUACAUAGCUUGAGCAUGUCUAUCCACGAUGAUCCCGAGUUGGCAUUCGAAGAGACACACGCGUCCGCUGCGCUUGCGAGCUUUAUGUCCGCGAAUGGGUUCAAGGUCACCAAAGCGUACCUUGGCCUUCCUACGGCGUUCCGCGCCGAGUUCCAGCACGGGAAGGGCGGGAGAACGCUCGGUGUCAACUCUGAGAUGGACGCUCUGCCUGGGAUCGGACAUGCGUGUGGCCACAAUCUCAUCGCGGCCGCAGGCGCCGGAAUCGCCGUCGCCAUCAAGGCUGCGCUCGUCGGUCAUGGCAUACCGGGAAAGGUCGUUUUGCUCGGUACUCCGGCUGAAGAGGCGGGGUGUGGGAAGGGCAUACUCAUAGAGCGAGGUGCAUACAAGGACAUGGAUGCUUGCAUCAUGUGUCAUCCCGGCGCCGGACCGCGCUCAACAAAUGUCGGCUCUUCUCUCGCGCUCCAGUCCUUCGAAGUUGAGUACACCGGCCGUAAUGCGCACGCAGGAGCGCAACCUUGGGCCGGCAUCAACGCAUUGGAUGCAGCCGUCAUCGCAUACACGUCCAUCUCAGCUUUGCGCCAACAAGUGCACCCACACUGUCGACUACACGGCACGCUCUUCGGCAGGAACUGGGCGGCGAAUAUCAUCCCUGAUUACGCGAAGAUGCAGUGGAGAGCGCGAGCACCAACAUGGGCCGAAGUACAAGACUUGAGAGAUCGCAUGAUCAACUGUGUUAAAGCCGGAGCUCUUGCGACGGGAUGUGACUACACGAUCACGCUCGAUGAUCCGUACCUGGACCUGCGUAACAACAAGGUACUUGGGAGAGAAUAUCUUCUAGCAGCGAACGCACGCUAUGGAAUCCCCGCUGGCUUCGAUGAGGGCACCAGCGCGUCUACUGACUUCGGCAAUGUCACAUACGAGCUCCCCGCUCUUCAUCCAGGCUUCAGUAUCCCAACUCCGGACGAGACCAGCGGUAAUCAUACUGCCAACUUCGCGACUGCCGCGGGACAGCCCGAAGCGCACAAAGCGAUGAUGCUCGUGACGAAAGCGCUCGCGCACACCGGAUUCCGAGUGCUCGAGGACGAUGAGUUCUAUGCACAGGUGAAGGAAGAGUUCGAGCGCGAAGUAGCGCCUCAGAAGGCGCUCUUGUCGCAGUCACGAUCAGCGUGA